GCUUGCGACAGCAUUUGUUGUCUGUACAUUAUUCACUGGUCACGGUUGACGAUUCUUUCCAUGCUGAGCUCAGGUACGCACGUACUUUGUGGACGCCGUCUGCUCCACAUUCCAUAGUCCACAUCCAGUUCAGGUGUUUUGGAGCUUGCGUCAUCUGAUGAAGUGGACGCAUUUAAAUCUGAAUAUUGCCAGGUGAGCUGCAGGAGUCGAAGAGCCUUGUAAACCAAAUUGAUGACAUCUGAACUGCUGAAUUAUUUCAAAGUAAUGACAAAUGAAAGUCAAUGUUUAAAGCAAUCUGUUGUGCCCAAAGAUGAAGAUUUUGCAAAAAGAAGAAGUACUGAUUGCAGAGAGAGUUCUGCUGAAAUACUUACCCAGGAGUUUUCAGGUCUAUGGAUUCUUAUAUGCUUUCAAUCGAAACAAACCAAGUAAUGUACAGUUUGUCGUUGAUCAGUGGCCAGAUUUUCAGGCCAUCAUGUCUCGUCCUGACCGAGAGCAAGCAUUUACGUUUGUGCCAGACACGAAAAUUUACUGCACGGACGAGCAGGUUUUGAAAAAAAUGCUAACGGAGGAAGAUAUAAUGGACUGGAGCACUUAUAUUCCGGGAGUGUGUAAUGUUUCUUUCACGUCCAUGCUCAAAGAAGUUUCAACCAACAGACAAGUCAGCUACAGACGCUUGUCAGCGACACAUUCUAUGUAUUUACCAGACAGUACCUUUCUGCUUAAACCAACUUUUGGCAGUGAGGUUGAAUCCAAGAUUUCAUCUCUCAAUCAUUCCCAUGUUGACCUGGUGAAUCGAACCUGGAAGUAUGGCGGGGAUGAACGUGGAUACAACUAUAUUACGUUUCUCAUCAGCAACUUCCCAUCAUACUGCAUCACUGAUGAUCAGGGUCAGCCAGUAUCCUGGAUUCUGGUGUAUGACUACUUGGCAAUCGGGGUUUUGUAUACGCUGCCCAAGUACAGACGAAAAGGCUAUGCCACAGUGUUGGUCCAUGCCAUGGCCCGCAGACUCUUUGCUGACGGCUACCCAGUGUUCUGCCAAAUUGAUGAGGAGAAUGUUCAAUCCAAAAAUCUUUUCAAAAACUUGGGAUUUACUGAGGAUCCGUCAUAUAGAGAUGUAUGGUUUGAGUACAACAUCUAAAAUGUUUGUCCUGUAUAGAAGCUAACACACGCAACUUACACAAUAAUCAGAUAGAUCACUUUUCAGCGGUUUCCUGAAUUGUUGUGAACUUUGUGUUGAUAUAAUAAAUUGUCAUGGCCAAUCCAGAAGGACAUUUAGGUCCUGAUUUAUAAGACAAAAAUGCAAAUAUAAUUACUUAACACAUGCAAUGUAAAUUAAUCAACAGUCAUCACCAUUUUGCGAGCACUAUUUUGCGUUUUAUUCAGCACGUGUCAGAAAGACGUGUACACUGACAGUUCCACACAUGGCUGCAGGAUCAGUGCUUGCGCUGCACAGACAGACGAUGGACAGACGAGAAUCCUACGUGUGUGCGUCUACAUAAUUGGAUGGUCAGAAAUAAAUAAAUACAUUUUGACAAAUCGUCUUUUCAGCAUCAACAUUUUAUUAUUUUGUAGCUGCUAGAGGACUUAAAAGGUUGAUUAAACUUAUUUUUAAUUGAUGCAUUUUGGUGUCCUCUAGUACAAACCCCGUUUCCAUUUGAGUUGGGAAAUUGUGUUAGAUGUAAAUAUAAACGGAAUACUGUCAUGACUUGGUCCUGUGGGUUUGUUUUUUCAGAAGGCAACGGAAAGUUGGCACGGGCAAGACGUGAAUUUAAAUACAUUUUUAAUUCAAACUCAAAAAAAGUACAAACAAAAGGCGCUCACAGCAGAGGUAAAAAACUUGACUAUGAAAACAAAAGACAUGCACAAAGGCAAAAAACUAUGAACAAUAACAAAAACUUACUUGGCAAUGGCAUGAAGAAUAAACUAUAAUAAACAUUAAUCUCGUGGGUAGCAGUAGCAUGGAUGAAAUAAUAGAGGAUGUCACCAGGACGAACAACAGAAACAGACAGGCUUAAAUAGUGACAUGAUCAGUGAAAACAGGUGCGUGACUCUAAACGUGAAACAGGUGCGUGACAUGACAGGUGAAAACUAAUGGGUUACUAUGGUGACAACACAAACAAAAGUGCACAAGGAGUCCAAAAACAAAACCGAACAUGACUAAAACAAAACAUGAUCACACAGACAUGACAAAUACAAUGAUUUGCAAAUCAUUUUCAACCCAUAUUCAGUUGAAUAUGCUACAAAGACAGCAUAUUUGAUGUUCAAACUGAUAAAAAAAAAAAAAAUUUUGCAAAUAAUCAUUAACUUUAGAAUUUGAUGCCAGCAACACGUGACAAAGACGUUGGGAAAGGUGGCAACAAAUACUGAUAAAGUUGAGGAAUGCUCAUCAAACACUUAUUUGGAACAUCCCACAGGUGAACAGGCA